AAAAGAAAUGGAUUGUAUAUGUUGGUGAACGUUGGAUGAGCUUUAAGGAACAAAUUAGAAGUGAUUAUACUACACGUCUAAAGCUUAACUUAGAGCCUCCAUAUGUGGUGUAUAAAUUUAUUGGGAAGGACCUUUGGGAGAAGUUUGUCAAGUCUCGUAGCACUCUUGAGUUCUUAUCUAAGAUCCAAAAAGCUAAGGUGAAUAGGGCAAGAAAUAUUUGCCCACGUAGAUUGUGUCAUGGAUGAUAUGAUAAACUGGAACAGAUAAUGGUUAAAGAAAAAAGAAAACAAAGAGAACUAGAGUUGGGAGAGAUGGGUGGGAGGAUACAAGAAGCAUUAUAAAAAGAGCGGAGAAGUUGUCUCAGGAGGUGAGGGAGAGAGUGACUCGGGAGGAGCGUGAGAGGCACUACAAGAAAUUUAUUUGAUUCACGACACUUAGAUUGUGACCCUUACAUAAAAAAUGUCGUCCUUUCGUAUCUGCGACGGUUGCCACGACUGUUCCAAGCAGCUGCCUUGGAUUUUUUUAACAAAGAAGUAUAAGCCCAUUAUCAAAGAAGGCCCACGACGGUUGCUAAACCGCCUUCACUCACUUAUCAUGCCAGUUUUGCAAGACGUGCCUCCGUAUUUCUUUGGUUCAUGUGAGAGCGGAACUUUUUCAUCAUCCCGCGUGUUGAUUUUAGUUCACACGCUCUGUCGUAUCCCAAACCUUUCCUUUCCCCCAAAAUCUCUCAAUCUCAAUCCUUCUCUAAAAGAUAAUCUAAAUCCUCCAACAACCCCAACCUCUCAAAACCCAUAAUGCUUUGCUCUCUCUUCAAUAAACAUUGAAACAUUUAAUCAUUCCUCCAUCUGAAGGGAUUACGACUUGUCGUUUCUGAAACAACUUGUUAACGGUGCUGCUCCUUUAAAGAAAUUUUGAUGCGGCAGUGUGCUAAGAGUCUACCUCAUGUUGAAAUUAUUUAGGCCAUCGUGAAUUGCAAGGUGGAAGGUUCUGAUGUUGGAAAACUUGUACAAAUCAAUGCAUUCCCAUCACUAUUACAUCUGCAGGGACUGUAAAAUUAUCUGUUGUCACAACUUCGAAAGGCAAAGGCAAAGCUUGAUCCCCCAUGGCUUGCUUAUGGAAGCGAUAUAUUCUGCUAGUCAUUCUGGUGCAUUGGUUUACCCUCUUUUGGCUCCUGAACAAGGACUAAGCAAUCGAAAAAAGAAGAGAGAUGAUAUUGUUUUCACACUUCUUAAGGCUGCUCUUGUCAAAGAUCCAGUUGUUUCUGUCAAUCAUGAUACUUGGAGUCCCGACGUAGCUUUGUUUGGGCUCCAAAUGUAUAUUUUGAAGAUGAUAAUGCAAGAAAUCUCAAAGACGAAAUAAGUAGAAGUCGACGAAUCAAAUGUAGUUUUUUUUGGAUUUAAAGGAGCUGCACUUGGUUGCUAUGAAAAAAUGUGUUGCACAAGCUUUCAUGCUUUCAUGUUACUUGCGUCAAGUGGACUUCUUAUGGGAUAUGGUACAAAUUGCGUUUAACUGGCUUGUUGAUUCUUCAGGUGUUGUUAAGCUUACUGAUUUUGGGAUGACCAAGCAUUUGAGUUAUAAAAUUGCCUCUAUGUAUUUUUUCCAGUCUUUUUCCUCAGCAAGGAAGAUAAAUGUUUACACAUUGUAUAUAUACUUAAAAAUUGUAGUCAUUAUCAGAUUUGUUUUGUUGUGAAAACUAUUUGUAUUUGUUUAUAAUC